AUGAACACAAAAAAUGAUGACUUAGUCAACCCCACCACCUGGCAAGACACUGAAGGUGAUAUUCCUGCCUGCACUGGCAUGGAAGUCGGUCUGAAGACUUUGUACUUCCCCAUUAUGUACAGCAUCAUCUUCUUGGUGGGCUUCCUGGGAAACACCAUUGCGAUUUGUGUUUACAGCUUCAAGAUGAGGCCUUGGAAGAGCAGCACCAUCAUUGUGCUCAAGCUGGUGCUCACAGACCUGCUGUAUCUCACCAGCCUUCUCUUCCUGAUACACUACUAUGCCAGUGGGGAGCACUGGAUCUUUGGCAAAUUCAUGUGCAAGAUCAUCUGCUUCAGCUUCCACUUCAACCUGUACAGCAGCAUCCUUUUCCUCACCUGCUUCAUUGCCUUCCUCUUCAUGGUGAUUGUCCACCCUGUGAAGUUCUUCCACAACCAGAGGAAGUGGUCUUGUGCAGCCAUUUGGAUGAUCUCACUGGCAGCUGCCAGCCCUGUCAACUUCUUGAUCUCCUCAGAAGAGACACAAAACAGAUCCUUACUCCCUGACCCUACCAGCUCUGAAAACAUGGGCACGAUCAGGUGGUAUAACUGGCUGCUGACCGGCCUGGCCACCGCCUUGCCAUUGCUGACAGUGACUCUGUGCUACACGCUCAUUAUUUACACCUUGGAUUCUGGGCCCCAUGCACGAGCUUGCUGCAGACAAAAGGUUUGCAGCCUCGCUGCCGUCCUCUGGGUGGUCUUCUAUGUGUGUUUCCUCCCUUUCCACGUCUUUUGGGUGGCUCAGGCUGAACUACGGUUGUGUCCAGUCAGCUGUCACGUGGAGAAGCAAAUCCACUCUGCCUAUAUCACCUCUUGGCCACUGGCUGAACUCAACACAUGUGGCAACCGACCACUUUAUGUCGUGAUUGGAGGUAACUUCCAGCAGGCCAUCCUCUCUCUUUCAAGGUGUAAGUGGAGCAAAUACAUCCAGUAG